AUGUCUAGCAUUCAGCAAGAGUUCAAUGCUGGCCAAAACCAGGCCCACACCCAGGCUAAGACCGAAGAGUUGGCGCAGUCCAUUAAGGACUCAGCAAAUGAAGCCGAAGAAAGGACAGCUGAGGCAGCUCAAUCAGCUUCGGAGUCUGCCCAGCAAGGCAAGGACCAAACCGCCGGAUUCCUUCAGCAGACUGGAGAGCAACUGAAGAACGUGGCUCAGGAAGCUGUGGACACCGUCAAGGGCACACUUGGAAUCAGUGAGCAGAAGUGA